CCCCGCUUACGCACCUGUUUUUUGUCUAUGCACGGCGUAUACUGAUUAAUUUAUUUAAAAAUAUGUAUUGUAAACCAUAAAAAUGCAAAAAACAUUCAUUGCACUGUAUUUACUACCGGCCGUUUUCGUUAAGGUAAAUGCAUUUGAAUCAUUUACAGAAGCGAGAAAAGUUUUGGAAGAAAUUGCAAAAUUAGGGAAGACUACAUACAGUUUUUUUCAAGAAACAUGCGGUGACUCGUGGAUUGAUUUCAAUUCAACGGGGCUCCAAGUCGACCUUGAACAGAAGUUCUUCGGGCAGCACAUAGCGUCAAAGGUUUUACUGAAGGCAAUUACCGACUUUGCAAACAACAAGACUCCAAAAAAGCCUCUUGUCCUUUCACUCCACGGAGGGACGGGAACUGGGAAGAGCUUCGUCAGUCAACUCAUAGCCUCCAAUAUCUACAAAAAAGGGAUGUCCAGCAGCUUUGUGCACCAGUUCGUGGCCACUGUUCACUUUCCACACAAAAGUAAAAUUGACAUCUACAAAACCCAGCUACAGCAGUGGGUAAAAGGGAAUGUGUCCAGUUGUGAUCGCUCUAUGUUUAUAUUUGAUGAAAUGAACAAGAUGCCCCCUGGACUUAUUGACGGUAUUAAGCCAUUCCUGGAUUACUAUGACAACCUGGAUGGUGUGUCCUAUCGACGUGCUAUUUUCAUUUUUCUUAGUGAGGCAGGUGGAGAGAGAAUUAAGCAAGUUGCCUUCGAAUUCUGGAAAAAUGGAAAAGAUCGGGAAGAAAUUCAACUGUCAGACCUAGAAGAAAAUGUGUCUCUUGAGGUGUUCAACAACCAGUACAGUGGGUUCUUGCACAGCAGCCUGAUUGAUGAAUACCUGAUUGAUUUCUACAUCCCAUUCCUACCUCUGGAAUACAGACACGUCCGCAUGUGUGCCCUGGCAGAGAUGGCCAAUCAGAACGUGGAACUUGAUGAAGACAUUGCGGAUGAAGCUGCCAAAGCCAUGAUAUACAGCCCACAAGACGAGAGGGUAUUCUCCUCUAUGGGCUGCAAAACAAUCAGAAGCAAACUGGUGCAAGUAGACAAAAAGACUAGCGGGAGAACAUUUUAAAACAAAUUUGAGGAAGCACUUCUUUACACAGCGUGUAGUUAGAGUAUGGAAUAGUCUCCCUGCUAGUGUAGUGGAAGCUAAAAC